UGAGACCGGAAGCGAGUGUACGGCAAACAUGGCGUCGGUGGCGCUGGCGCUAAGGACGCGGGUGGCUGUUACAGCCCUGCUGAGCCCCCCUCAGGCUGCGUCUCUUGCCAUCAGAUAUGCAUCCAAGAAGACAGGUGGCAGCUCCAAAAACCUGGGUGGAAAGUCACCAGGCAAACGCUUUGGCCUCAAGAAAAUGGAGGGUCACUAUGUCCAUGCUGGCAACAUCCUUGCGACUCAGCGCCACUUCCGUUGGCACCCAGGCGCCCAUGUGGGGCUGGGGAAGAAGAAGUACCUGUAUGCUCUGGAGGAAGGGGUAGUCCGCUACACAAAGGAGGUCUACGUGCCCAGUCCCAGCAACGCAGAGGAUGUGGAUCUGGUCACCAGGCUGCCCAAGGGUGCUGUGCUCUAUAAGACUUUUGUCCACGUGGUUCCUGCCAAGCCUGAGGGCACCUUCAAACUGGUAGCUAUGCUGUGAACUCCUGGUUGAGGCCAUUGGUUGGAGCCUGGAGCCCAGGUGACAGGAGAGGGUGACAGCAGAAGUCAAGGGUCGGGACAACAGGGCCUCCUGAGGAAGUCUGCUUGGCGGUGAUUGCGGAAGUCUCUGAAGUGACUGGCUGGGAAGCCUUUUGGGAGACUUGACCUGGGGCCAAAAAUAAAGUUUGCUGGAGUCCUGA